GUGUCCAAUUCUGGGCACCACAAUUGAUGGGAGAUGUUGAUAAGCUGGAAUGUGUCCAGAGGAGGGAGACUGAAAUGAUCAAGGGUCUGGAGAACAUUGGCAUGAUUCUUGUGUAUAGACAUGACCUUUUUAAUAGGAUACUGAGAGCAAGCAGUUCACAAAUAAUUCAUAAACCUAAGAAACUGCCCAUUCUUUAUCACCUCAGUUCCUCAGAUAAUCAUACUCUCUCUGUUCCCAGAAAUUCUGUUAAAUACCAAUCCUCUGUAACUUGGGGAUUGUCUGUAUCAGUAUAUCUUCCAACAAAUAAUAUGCUUAACUAUCUAUCUAUUUCUCUAACUAUAUUUAGAAGAGCAGCUUGGAAACAACUGAAGAAUGCUAAGACCGGUGAAAAAGCUAGCACCUAGGAAUGAGCAGGCGGACGAGGCUGCCUAUUUAGCCCAGUUAGCAGCACAAAGAAAUGCCACCGCCUUCUUUGAGAAGUAUGAGCGAAGUGAGCUUCAGGAACUGCUCACCAUGUCAUUCUGCAGCUGGUUGGCAUCCAAAGAUGACUUGCGCCGUCCCUUAGAACUUCCCGGUGGAAUUAUCGAGGAGAUGAAAUCCUUCGCUGUCCACACUGUUAUUUUGCUGGCCCCAGUAGAGCCUGGGCUCGCUCUGGACUGUAAGGAAAUCCACCAGAUGAUCAGGGAGUUAGCCGUUGGGAUUUACUGUCUGAAUCAAAUCCCUUCGAUCAGUCUGGAUGCCAAUUACGACCAGAGCACAUCGUGCUCAAUUGCUCCAGCGUACUUUGACACAAGGAUAGGGCAAAUGUUAAUCUCUGUUGACUACAUGCUGAAAGCCUUGUGGCAUGGGGCAUACAUGCCCAAAGAAAAACGGGUCCGAUUCUCUGAACUCUGGCGUUCUAGCAUGGACAUUGAUGCAGAUGGCACCCCUCAAACAGAAAAAACAGCAUGUGCAGAGUUCUGUCAAGCUGGCCUAGUUGAUAUUUCAAAGGAGCCAGACUUUCGAGGAAUCUAUGAUGAAAAUAUGAAUGAAGAUCCAACUUAUGAUCCUAACAGCACAGAGGAGAAAAAAAUCUUUAUGCAGUUUGUGGACUACAUGCUCCUUAAAAUGACAUUUGGUAGUACUGAGAUCCAGCAACAUGAAAAUUUGUUCUUGUUUGAUGGUACAUACAACAUCACUAAUGCCAUAAGAAUGACUGAGGACCGUCUUGAUACCGCUUCAUACCAGAGGUUGCAACAGCGGCUAAUUCUUCAACAAAAACUUGUGAGGAAACACUUAGAGAAUAAACCAGAAAUCCGGAAGAACAUCGCAUACCUAAAGCUCCUAAGCUUUCUUAUUCCAUUCAUUAUCAGUUUAAAAAGAAAAAACAAAGUUCCAAAUUUAAGUCGGCUUCUUCAGCCUUAUUCAGAUGACAAAGUUAAAACUGAACGUGAGUUGCCUCCACUUUUGCUUGGACCAGAUUUUAAGUGCCAGCAUUUUAUGUAUCCCCAAAAUCGUUAUUUCCAUCUCCAUGGUGGCAUAGAAUUUGAUAUUGGUAGUCCUUCAGUUGGAAGCGUCUCAGAGGAGAUUAAGGCUGCCUAUGAUGAAAUUCAUGAAUGUGCUAAAAACCAUCUGACUCAGUUGCUUGACCCCGAUGCACCCUAUCGAGAGCAUUACUCAAUACCCAUAAUGGAUUUUGGUGGCAAGAGCUAUUACGUAAUCGGCAUUGAACUUGAACCUUUUUAUCUGCUUUUUAAGAGCCAGUGGUGGGGCGCCAUCAAUGAAGUAAUAAGCAUGCUUAAACCCAAAAGGCUACCAUUAAUUGAUACACAAGCAAUGGAAUUAUUUAAGCGAAGAUUUGGUUACAAAAAAGCAAUUAAGUGUAAGAGUCUGGCAUAUGGCAUGAAAGCUGCUGCAGAAAGAGGGCUGGCUGCCAUCUUCCUUUCCUUUUGUCGCAAGACCUCCAUCUCUAGUCUCACUACAACAGAUGAACAUGGUUAUUCACUGAUCCAUCAUGCUGCUAUCUACAACUGGGUGUCAAUUAUAUGUCAGGUGGUUAAAUCACCCUUAGCUAUGAAUCAGAGGCGAACCAUAACAGUCACCCAAGGGAAACAUGUCCAGAAACCCGAUGCAAAACCUAAUUCUGUUGCAUCUUCUGACUUACUAACAACAGGUCCUACUGCUUUGCACCUGGCAGCUCAGUGUAGUUCCCUUGAAGCACUUCAUUUCCUCCUGGCCUUAAAGGCAGACUACCGCAUACCUGACCAUCGGGGAUGGCUGCCUAUACAUUAUGCUGCUUUCUAUGACAAUGUCUCCUGUAUCACAGUUCUCUACCGAAAACACCCAGACUUGAUUGAGGCGGAAACACGAGGAGAGCUUCACUCCACCCCACUUUUGCUUGCGGCUACAUCUGGAGCAUUGGAUACUAUCCAGUAUUUGUUUUCUCUUGGAGCCAACUGGCUGAAGAAAGACAGCGAGGGAAAUACUAUCAUUCAUUUGGCAGUGAUGAAUUUCCACACUGAAGUUCUGAAGCAUCUAAAUGAGCUCCAUAAUCCGGAUCUCCCAGUUUGGAAAAUUCUUGUUGAUAUGUUGGACUGUAAAGGUUUUCGGAAGAAACGGGAAAUGGCAGUAAGAUGUUUAGAAGUCCUUUGUCUGGCCAAAGAUAACUACUGGAAGUGUAUUUUAGAUGCAGGUACUAUACCCUCCCUAAUCAGCUUGUUAAAAAGUGGAGAUAUCGUAUUGGAGUGCAUCACUGUGGGAGUGCUGAGCAACAUCUCAACCCAUAACUUGAUUGCUAGAGCCUUGGUAGAUGCAGGCGGCAUUUCAGUAUUGAUUAAACUGUUGUCUUCGAAUCAGCCCGACCUCCUUUCUCGUUGUGCUGUUCUUUUGUACGAUAUUGCUCAGUUGGAUGACAAUCAGACCAUCAUUGCAGAACAGGGUGCAAUUCCUGCACUUGUUAACCUGUUGCAGUAUGAUCUACACGAUCUGUUAGUAAAUGUAAUAAACUGCAUCCGAGUAUUGUGCGUUAACAACCGUGAGAACCAAUUGAAAGUGAAAGAAGCUAAAGGCAUUGAACCACUGGUCCAGUUCUUAGAUUCAGAGUCAGAUGUGCUACUGGCGGUGGCUUCAGCAACCAUUGCAGAAAUUGCACGUGGGAAUUCUGAGAUGCAGAAUGCCAUCGUCGAGGCCCAUGUCAUUGGCUCUCUGGUCGAGCUGCUCAGAGGAAGGAAAAUCAGUGUCCAGGUGAAAGGAGCCAUGGCCAUUGAGGCACUCUGUGCCAAUAACAGUUACAUCCAGAUGAGAUUCCUAGCCAAAUCAGUGACAAGAUUCCUUUUAAAGCUCCUGAAGGCCUUUCACCUGAAAGUUAAAGAACAAGGUGCUGCAACCCUCUGGGCACUAGCGGGCCAAACCCUGAAGCAGCAAAAAUACAUGGCAGAACAAAUUGGAUACAACCUUAUUAUAGAUAUGCUUCUUUCUCCAUCCGACAGAAUGCAGUGCAUUGGAGGUGAAGCUGUCAUCGCUCUUAGCAAGGACAGCAAGAUUCACCAGAAUCAGAUCUGUGAAGGAAAUGGAAUUGGCCCUUUGGUCCGGCUGCUGAGGAGCGGAAGGAUAGCAGACAGCACACUGAUCAGUAUCAUCAGAGCCUUGGGGACCAUAUGUGUCGGUGAAGCCAAUAUAAGUAAUCCAGCCAGUCAAGAGAGUGUGGUGGAAGAGGGCGCCUUGCCGAUACUGGUUCAUUUACUUAAAACUCAUCCUUCUCUUCAGAUAAAGGUUGAAGUUGCAUUUUCUUUAGCUUGCAUUGUGUUAAAGAACAGCACCCUGCAGAACGUUUUGCAAGAGAAGGAAGGCUUUAACUAUACGGAUGUCCUUAAGCUUCUGUAUGCACAAGAUAAGGAUAUCUGUUUGAGGGCAGGACAUGCUAUAGCAUUUUUUGCUUAUAAUAAUCCCACUCAACAGUUAUUGAUCUUAGACACUGGACCAAUAUCACUGUCAAUGUUUGAAGAUUUUUUGGUGUCAGACAUAGAGAUGGAGAGAGCAAUGGCUGCCUUUCAGAUUGUUGUUCUAGCCAGAAUUAUAGUUGAUAAAGACCAAGUGAGUCUGUCUGCAAGAGGAGUUUCAAUUUUGGUCGACUUGCUGUGUUCAGAAAAGGCAGCCACUCUUGUGCUAACAGGAAAAUUAUUGGCUAGUUUGGCUCAUACACGAGCAGGUAUUCCAGAAGCAAUUACAAGUUUGGGGACUGUUCAGCGUCUUUGUUACCAUUUAUAUGCAAAGGAGGAAGAGGUUCGUACAGCUAUGUCGUCUGCUCUGGGUUAUUUAACAUUCAACCGAACUGCGUACCGCCAUCUAUUAGUACAAUGUCGGAAUAAGCCUAAACUAUUCAAGAGACUCAUAAAGAAUCUUAGCAGAGAUGCAAGAAUCAGUGCAGACUUUGUGAAAGAGUUUAAGAGACAAAAAAAGAUUGGCCUCCCUUCCCUCAGUUUGGAGAUAAAUGGAGGCCCACCUGCAGUUCCUGUACACAUAAGAGACAAAUCAAGGGGCACUGGUGUGAAAGUGCACAAGGGAAAGUGUAUUCCAAAGGAUUCUCUCUUUUUGCUGCCCACAGCAGCUCAUCUAAUGGGAAGGUUCAGACAUUUGGAGAAACCCCGAAUUCCAACUACUGGACACUACACUUUUCCACAUGCCACAACAUCAGACCUCAUUCAAGUUUCAAGACCAAGAAUUAUGAAUGCCUUUACACUCUGGGGACAUUCGCCAGAAAAGAAAAAUUGAGUACAAUGCCUGCACUGCAGUGGCCAAGUUUUUGUGGAUACCUUCUUAGCCUAUAGUGGAAUUAGGAUGAACAUUACUCCUGAAAAAAUCAAUUUAUUAGUAAUGCAAGAAUUUACUGCAGUGGUAGAGAAUAAACACAUCAGCAA